AAAAAUUAUUAUUGCUGAUUUGCACGUAUCCGUGUUGAAGGGACAGAACUCUUACUAAAGCGGACGAAAUACCGGCAAAAUGAAGAUUCUUACCACAAUUGUAGUUUUGCUGCUUGCAAAUUUCCAAGGCUAUCAGGCUGAUGAUGAUGGUGAGGCAAGACUUCUAGCAUCCAAGAACAUCCUUAACCAGUAUCUUGUAGAAGAAAAAGACCUUACAGUUGAAUAUAGAAUAUACAAUGUUGGAGGCAGUGCUGCCCAGCGGGUUCGACUCCGGGACGACAGUUUUCCAGAAGCAGAUUUUGCAGUUGUUGCUGGCAAUCUAGAAGCUUAUUGGGAAAGAAUUGCUCCAAACACGAAUGUUACCCAUUCGGUUAUCUUGAAACCAUUGAACUUUGGAUAUUUCAACUUCACUGCAGCAGAAGUCAGCUAUUCUACUAAAGAUAAUUUUGAAACACGACAGGUUGGUUAUACAAGUGCCCCAGGAGAAGGUGGUAUUGUCAGCUUCAAAGACUUCAACAGAAGAUUUUCCCCACAUGUUCUUGACUGGAUGGUGUUUGCUGUGAUGACAUUGCCUUCACUUGGUAUUCCAUUCCUCCUGUGGUUCUCCAGCAAAUCAAAGUACGAUUCUUCAAAACCCAAGAAGAGUUAACAUACCAGACUUUUAGUCCUUUUAUCUAAAAUUUCCAUGCUUUAAUUCUGUACACAUUUUUACAUCUUUUCAUUAUGCGUCAAAAUAUUUUGUUUAAGUGAAUAAAAAGAGUGGUGAAUUCUUUCAUAUUGCAUAGUUGAGUGUUCUGCUUUCCAAAGAGAACAUGAGAAAGAUUUUAAAUACCAGCUUACAUUUUUAUUUUAAAUCAUGAGACUUUAAACAUUUUUUUUGUGUACUGUAAAUGUAUAUUUAUGUCUCCACUGGGGGAGACAUAUUGUUUUUGCCCUGUCCGUCACACUUUAUUUCUGAUCAAUAACUGGAGAACCAUUUGACCUAGAACCUUCAAACUUCAUAGGGUGGCAGGGCUUAUGGAUUAGGCAGCCCCCAUUGUUUUUGGGGUCACUCCAUAAUAGGUCAAGGUCACAGGGGCCUGAACAUGGAAAACCAUUUCUGAUCAAUAACUUGAGAACCACUUGACCCAGAAUGUUGAAACUUCAUAGGAUGAUUGGUCAUGCAGAGUAGAUGACCCAUAUUGAAUUUGGGGUCACUCUAUUAAAGGUCCAGGUCACAGCGGACAGAACAUGGAAAUCCAUUUCCGGUCAAUAACUUGAAAACUAAUAGACCUAGAACGUUCAAACUUCAUAGGAUGGUAGGACUUACAGAGUAGAUGACCCCUAUUGUUUUUUGGGUCACUCCACCAAAGGUCAAGGUCACAGGGAGCUGAACUUAGAAAACUUUCCAAUCAAUAACUGGAGAACCACUUGACCCAGAAUGUUGAAACUUAUUAGGAUGAUUGGACAUGCAGAGUAGAUGACCACUAUUGAUUUUGGGGUCAUUCUAUCAAAGGUCAAGGUCACAGGGACCUGAACAUGGAAAACCGUUUCCAAUUCAUUACUAAGCUCAAAAUGUUGAAACUUAGUGGGAUGAUUGGACAUGCCAAGUAAAUGGUCCAUAUUGCAUCCAACCAUCAGUGUCUCUUUAACUUUGGCUUCUGUCCCCUAUUGACUUCUUGCCUUUACAACUAUGCACUGGGGGAGACUUGCACUUCUCUACAAAAGCAUCUUCUAGUUUGAAAUAAGAUUAAACCAAACACAGAAUUUGAAUACAAUUAGGGAGUUAUAAUACUAAACUUCAUCCAAAGGAGUUAUUCUGACUCGGACUGUAUUUAUUCAGUUUUGUGUAGAGGGAAUUUCAGUGAAGCGGUAAAAAAAAAUCAUUUUUAGGUGAUUUAUGGUACAAGGGAAACAACUCAAACUGUUUAGUUCCGGUUUUCUGUAAUACUGUUUUCUCUAUAAAUAUUACACCAUGUUAUUGACAUGACACUUAUACAGAACUCCUAAUUGUAAUGAUAGGAUUUUUAAAAUUUGAAGAUAUUUGAUUUCAAUUGAUUUGAUUUUUUGUAAAGGACAACUUUGUUUCGAUAUUUUUCCAUUGUAAAUUUCAGUUAUUCUGAGUGAAAUAUCUAAAAGUUGCAAUUUUAAGUUCAUUUAGCAAUGUCCCAUAUGAGACUUUUAAAAGAUUUUAGCAAACUGCAAAAAUAAUUAUGUUCCGUUUUUUCUAUUGGUUUUUACCUCACCUGAGCACAAAGAGUUGGAGGUGAGCUGUGAUCACCCUGUGUCUGGUGCCAGUCAUGGACAGUCACGGUUGUCUGUCAUCAACAUCUUGGUGGAUAAUAUGUUAGAGGUCACAAUGCCAAACAUUAAAGAAACUUGAUCAGAAUGUUACCCUUAGUAAAACCUAGGAGGAGUUUGUUACUUGGAUGUCUGGGGUAAAAAACUAGGUCGCUGUGUCAGUUAACAGGAAAACGCUGUUAACACUCCAGAGGCCAUAUUAUCUACCUCAUCUUCACAAAACAUUGGUCAAAUGUUUGUCUCUAUGAAAUCUAGAUUAAGAGGUCAAGAACUAGGUCAAAAGGUCAAAACAUAGAUAAGCUUCCUUAACACUUUAGAGACCACAUUUUCAAAUUGAUCUUCAUAAAAAAAUUGUCAAAAUGUUUGUCUCUAUGAUAUAUAGGUCAGUUAAAACUAGGUUACCUGAGAUCUUAAACAAGGUGACUGGGUCAAAUUAUAGAUAACUUUGGCCAUAUUUUAAACUUUAUUUAUUGAAAUCUGUGUCAAGUUAAAAUCUGGAUCAUAGAAAGACAUUGUUAACACCCAAAAGGUCUUAUUUUCUACCUGAUCUUAAUUAAACUUGAUUGAAUGUUUGUUUAAAAUCUAGGAUAGAUUUGUAACUGGGUCACUUUGGAAAAACUCAUAGAGAAACAUUGUUAACACUUCAGAAGCCACUUUUUCAACUUUAUGACAGAAUGUUUGUUUGUAUGAAAUCUAGUUUAAGGACAAAAUUGUCACUAGGUUAAAUCAUUGAAAAACUUGGAUAAUGAUCUAUCUGAUUUACGUUGGUCAAAAUGUUUUUGUCAGUGUGAAAUGCAAGCCAAAUUGAAUACUAGAUUAUCUUGGGUAAGAACUAGGUCAGAUGAGGAAUACAGGGUCUUCAGGGCCCUCUUGUGUUUUUUUUAAAUCAUUGUUGGGGAUUAUUCUAUGAAUGGUAAAAAAUAAAAUUUUUAAAAUUUAGAAUAUUCUAACUUCCACCUGUUUAGACUUAGAGAAUGAUGUGUAACUUAAUAUCUGGACCAUGCAAAAUAAAAACAGAAAUUCACAAAGAAACUUGGGACAGAUUUGGUGGGCUUAUUAUUAUUAUCUGCAGUCUUGAUUUUUUGUAUUUCAUCAUUUCUGUAGUUUGAUAUUUGUUAAAUUUGUUUUAGAAACAGCUUCCUUUCUUAUAUCAUAGACUGUCAGAACAUUAUUGGUCUGUUAUGAAAAGCCUGGGAAAACAGCUAUGCUCUUUCACAUUGUGUAGUUUACAUUCAUAUCAGUUUGUUUAACAUUUACUAAACAUUUGCUUUGUCAUUCUGUCAUAAUACAAUUAAAAGGUAAAUGUCAGAAUGUUAUUGUUUAAGUUGGAGCUACUGUUUUGUGAGAAAUAUUUCUACAAUUACUUGAAAGCUGAUAUGAAAAGGGAAAUAGUACAUAAAUUUAAUUAAUUGAAUGAUGCUAGUUUAUACAUUUAGGCUGUGGCAUUUGAAAACCAAGCAAUUUUUUUGUCAGAUUUUAAGGGUUGGCUGUUAAGCAUGUGGCUAUUUUUUCAGAUUUCCUAAUACAUACAUAAGCUAGUUUUAACAUGAGGUGUUUUCUUGUACACAUUUUCAUCAUAUGUAAUAAGGGUUACAAAGGUUUACCAUGCGGGGGCAUGCUGUUUAAAUGUUGUAAACUUUCCUCAUACUGUAUGAAUGGAUAUAUCAAAGAGUUUUAUAUGUCAUUAUGCAACUGCUGUUAUACAAUAGUUGUUUUUGUACUUUGUAAAAUGUAAAAUAAAUAUUGAAUGUUUUUGUGGUAAUAGAUGUAAAUCAAUGGAGAAACUGACAUAUUAAAAACAUAAAGACUGAA